UCUCAACAUGCCCCCUCGAAGAACACGCCAAGCUGCCGCCGCCGAAGCAGCGCCGAAAUCACCAUCACCCGAACCCGAAGCAGUCGAGGAGCCCCCAGCCAAGAGGGCCAAAAAGAUGACAACAGUGACGGUCGCCGAAGAAGCCGAGGAAGAGGCACAUGUGGAGACGGAGGGAGUGCAGGAUAACUCUCCUGAUACGACGCCGGUAGAAGAUGAAUCCAAGGACACGCCAAAGGCUGGUGACGAAGAAGAAACGGAGGAAUGGGAUCCUUCAGAGGAGCGUUUGCCCGGAGAGACGGGCAAGAAGGGUAAGGGCAAGGAGAAGGCGCAAGAUGAGCCAUCAGCUGGGGAGGACCAGGCGGAAGGGGGAGAUACUAAGGGGUGGCAAGCUGUUUGGGCUCCAGAGCAGAAUGCGUACUACUUUUGGAACUCGAACUCUGGCGAAGUGACUUGGACGAACCCACUUGCCCCUCCGCCUCUCCCACGAGAUGCUUCUCAGCCACCUCUUCCCAAUGAACCUCCCCCUCUACCUGCUGGUCCUGCCCCGACAGUAUCUGCCCCAGUGUCUGCCGCUCCCGACGUCGACCCGCAUAAUCAGUUCGGGCAGCUGCCAGAAAUCGACCCCGCUCUCGCCCUCCUCCUCCCUCCCUCUCAGCGUGGCAAUGCCGGUGCACCGGGCGGGGCUGAUGCCCACUUGGUACAACAGGCCACAUUCAACGCCCGUACAGGCCGCUUCACGCCACUGGACUAUCAGUACACUGUUGGGCAUUUGGAUGAGUACAAUAGGGCGAAACGAAUGAACAGUCAUUACUUCGAUGUGGAGGCAUGGGAAAGGCAGAAGGCUGAGGAAAGCGAGAGGAAAGCACGCGAAGAAGCCAAUGGGGGUAGGAAAAUGACGACUACGAGGAAAGAUAUGGAUCGUUACAGAAAGAAGGCGGCCGAGAAGAAACAGAGAAACCAGGCGUGGCUCAGAGAUUAGACUACAUCGUUUACAACAGCUGGGACAUUUUCACCAUGCAAGGACACAUGUCCAAAUGAGUUCACAGACGGAUGCUUCAUAUUUUCUUAACACGCUUGAUCAGCUUUCUCGUCCCACGAAGCAAAUCCCUAUCUCUUUGUCAACCAUUGUACUUCUUUCGAAGAGCAAUCCUGACAAUUCAAGCUAUAAGUCUUGGCCACAAGCUUCCCAAUGUCGGCUGACCAUGCUUCUGUCUAGCCAUGUACAGGGUAGCCGAAAGGAGACGCUGAAUCUUCGCCUCCUUAGACCACCACAACGACGAAAUCAUGAUGCCUGCGCCUCAUGACUCAUCGGCUCGCAUGACCCUCCUUUCAAUCAUGACUCUUGCAUGUUUCGGUGCUAGCAGCGACCCCUGCUUGCUUUUGUCUCUGGGCACUCUUUCGAUCCUUGAUACAAGGGAAGAGGCAGGCUCGGACGUCUCACAAUGUAUGGGCUCGGCCUAUGUCUGUUUCUUUACCGACAAGUCAAACGGUGCACCCUCUAGAUGAUUUUAUACAAAGAGCUUCUAGGUACAAGUAUAUCAACUCAGAACAACUCUACACCAUGCUCGUAAACCCAUGGCUCAACCGCCCCCGAUGGUAUUAAAACAACGUCUAUCCAGCUUACCCAGUGGUACCUCCUUUUGCUCCAAUCGCCCCUGUUGCUCCAAUAGCAUCUGUUGCGCCGAUCACCCCGGUCUAUCCUGCCACCCAACCCGUUCCGAUCAAUCAGCCAGUCAUACAAGAGACUGUGGCGUACCAAGACCGUCAGCCGUCUUAUAACCAUACAACCGUUGUGGUCAAGCCCGGGUCUGGCCAUAGGAAGACAGUGUCAUUCGGUGGCGUUGGCGGUGGAAACUAUCAUGGACAGGGGCAGUAUGGUAAGGGUGGAGGGUCGUAUGGACACGGACAUGGACGUGGGUAUCGGAACUCGUACUCCGGGAAUGGAAACGGGAGGAGGGUUGGA